AUGGCGCGUGAAUACGAACGUAACGUCGGUCGUAGCGGGUGGUUACGGUUCGCGGCUCGCUCGCUAUCUGGCUCGAAUAAGGCGGUCGCCACCGCAGAUGUGUUAGAGCGAGCUCUAAUUCGGCUGCGACGCUUGGGAACGCACUUAACGGGACCGAUGGGCGUUGCUGUGGAGCCAAUCAAACGUCGGGAUGGACGGAUGGGUGAAGUGUCGCGCACGUGCUCCAGCUCGAUUAGCGCGAACUGA